AUGGCGUCCAUCGCGCGCUCCGCCGUUUUCGGGAACACCGCGUUCGCGGUCCGGGCCAAGUCGGCCAAGCGAUCUGCCAAGGCGCAAGCCCCCAAGGCGUCGCUCAACGAAUUCGCCGAAAAGGUUUCCAAGGCGACCGUCUCCCUCGGCGUCGCCGGCGCCGUCCUCGCCCAGUCCGCCUCCGCGGUGACGUAUGACGAGCUCCAAGGCCUCACCUACUUGCAAGUCAAGGGUACCGGUCUCGCGAACACGUGCCCGGUCGUCGAAGGUGGUGUCUCCGGUAAGGACAUCAAGGCUGGCGAUUACAAGCUCGAGCGAUUCUGCAUGGAACCGACCUCAUUCACCGUGAAGGAAGAGUCUCAGUUCAAGGCCGGCGAGUCUGAAUUCCAAAAGACGCGCCUCAUGACGCGCCUCACCUACACCCUCGACGGCAUGACUGGUGACUUCAAGGUUGGCUCCGACGGCUCCGUCCAAAUCAAGGAGAACGAUGGCCUCGACUACGCCCCGGUCACCGUUCAAUUGCCGGGUGGUGAGCGCGUGCCGUUCCUCUUCACGUUGAAGGAGUUCACGGGCAAGGGCAACACGUCCCAGUUCGGCGGUGACUUCGUCGUCCCGUCCUACCGUGGCUCUUCCUUCCUCGACCCGAAGGGCCGUGGUGGUUCCACCGGUUAUGACAACGCUGUUGCCCUCCCGGCGCGCGCUGACUCCGAAGAGCUCCAAAAGGAGAACAACAAGAGCGCCGCCGCGCUCAAGGGCUCCGCCGUCUUCAACAUCGCCAAGUACGACCCGGCUACCGGUGAAAUUGCGGGCGUUUUCGAGUCCAUUCAGCCGUCCGACACUGAUCUUGGCGCCAAGGUGCCGAAGGAUGUCAAGAUCACUGGCUUGUGGUAUGGUAACAUCGCCAAGUAA